AUAUACAUAUAUGUGAGUCAAUGCUACUACAGGAAUCAGACCCAUUUUAUUAUAUACAACGGAAGACCGUAGAAACGUGAAGAAAGCAGGUGAACUUCGAGGAGAUUACUAUUUCAUAUGCGUUUGAACUGUCUUUUGAAUAGUCGAAUUCCUCCGAUUUCCAGAUCCAUCAGAAUGGCCUCAGGGAGCACUGCAAAGAAACACAUUCAAAUCGAUGCCACCAUUGAUACUGUAUGUCCAUGGUGCUAUGUGGGGAAGAAGAAUUUGGACAAAGCAAUAUCUUCAUCUGAUGAGAAAUACACUUUCGAGGUCAAGUAUCAUCCCUUUCUGCUCAAUCCCUCCGCUUCAAAGGAAGGCGUAGUUAAGAAGGAUUAUUUCCUGAACAAAUUUGGACCCCGAGCUUUGCAGAUGGAAGCUCGGAUGUCAGAGAUUUUUAAGGGAUUUGGGAUGGAUUACGACACUUCUGGACUAACAGGAAGUACUCUGGACAGCCACAGGCUAAUAUAUUUCGCGGGUAAGGUAGGGGCCGAUAAGCAGUAUAAUCUUGUUGAAGAGCUGUGCCAUGGUUACUUCACACAGGGAAAAUUCAUCGGCGAUAGGGAAUUUCUUGUGGAAUCUGCUAAGAAGGUUGGGAUCGAUGGAGCAGCUGAAUUUCUUGAGGAUCCAAACAAUGGACUUGAGGAGGUGAAUGAUGAACUAAGAAAAAGCUCAGAAACGAUAAGUGGAGUCCCUCAUUAUGUGAUAAAUGGGAAAUAUGAGCUGAGUGGAGGGCAACCACCAGAGACCUUUCUAAGUGCAUUUCAAGCUGCUGCAAAGUGAUGAAAUAUUAUUAUUACUAAUUCUUGAGGUAUUUUUAAAUUUCCUUGUGGCUUUGUCAAAUUCUUAUUGAGGUUUUAUUCUUAUUUGCAAUAUGUGGAUUGAAUUGUUGUGUUUGUGAAUUACAAUCUCUGUUUCUUGGUGUUGUUAGUCCAUAAUUUUUUUUUAGUUA